CCAGACGAAACCUGAACCCUCGCGCCCGUUGCAAUAAAAAGCCUUUGAAGACCCCCGCCACACACUGAGUUCUCCAACACCAUCCAAAGGUUCAUCGUCAACCCGCAACACGCAGCAACCCACGCCUUUUGCAACCACCGCAGUUGUUAUACCACUACUUGGACUCUGGCCUCGCUGUCCAUUUGACAGAUUUCUGAUCUAUCAAGAUCAACACCUUCCACCGCUUGACUUAGCCUUUGGUCAAUUCAAAGGCACAACAGCCCAACACGGCUCUCCUGGCCGUGAGCUUUGUCAGUGACCAAGAUUUCAGCCUACGAAAGACUCUGCACAUCGUCAACGCCAUCCCGCCUCCGCCUGCUGAAGUCGUCUAAGCAAGAGCUCGAGUCUUUUCUGUUCGACGCUUUGCUUCACCAGACGCCCCCGUCUUCUCCCACCCCCAACCAGCUGCCGCAUAGGACGGGCCUAGAGUCUCUUCCUCUUGCCGAGGGGGAGUCGAGGAGACCUCGUCAGAUCACUGAGGGUUCAGUCUGCUACCGCUUUCGACCACCCUAGAAUCCUCUUGCCAUUCUAGGUUCCCAACUAUCAACCCCAUCACGGGAAACAUCUUGCUGUCACGCAAGAGUCGAAACAGUCCGACCCUCCACACCCCACAACUCUCUCCAACCGCCACCCCGUCAACCGCUUGGGAUAUGGUUAUGGCAACAGCCGCGAUCGAGCACUUUGCACCAGCUACUAUCAAUUAUGCUAGUACCUACCAACCAGUCUUGAAGACGUCGCAUUUUGUCGACCACGCCCACCACCACUCCAAACAUGGCGUGACCAACCCCAAGCAGCUGAUUGGCGAUGCUCUCCGUCAGCGUGUCGAGAGCAUUGACCAUGAGAUUUGUGAACCAGGCGACGAGGACACCUUCUUCGUCGGUGAUCUCGGCGAGGUCUACCGCCAGCACAUGCGCUGGAAGCUCAACCUGCCGCGCGUCAAGCCCUUCUAUGCCGUCAAAUGCAACCCCGACCCCAAGGUUUUGCAACUCCUUGCUGCCCUCGGCACCGGCUUCGACUGCGCCUCCAAAACGGAGAUUGACCAGGUUCUGAACAUGGGCACCGCCCCCGAGCGCAUCAUCUACGCCCAGCCCUGCAAGACCAACUCGUACGUGCGUUACGUCAAGGCCAUGGGCGUCAGGCAGAUGACGUUCGACAACGCCGACGAGCUGCGCAAGAUCGCCAAGCUCUUCCCCGAGGCCGAGCUGUACCUGCGCAUCAUGACGGACGACGAGUCGAGCCUGUGCCGCCUGAGCAUGAAGUUCGGCGCUGCCAAGGAGGCCACCAACGAGCUGCUCGGCGUCGCGAAGGAUCUCGGCCUCAAUGUUGUUGGCGUCAGCUUCCACGUCGGCUCCGGCGCCUCUGAUCCCAUGGCUUUCUACAAGGCCGUCUACGACGCCUACGAAGUCUUCGAGCAGGGCCGGGCUUACGGGUUUGAGAUGAAGACGCUCGACAUUGGCGGCGGUUUUUGCGGCGACACCUUUGAGGACAUGGCCGCCGUGCUGCGUGGUGCCCUUGACGAGUACUUCCCCGCCAGCAGCAACGUCAACAUCAUCGCCGAGCCCGGCCGUUACUACGUCUCGGCAGCCUUCACAAUCGCCUGCAACAUCAUCGCGCGCCGCACCGUUGACGACCCCACGCUCAACGAGAAGCGCUACAUGGUAUACGUCAACGACGGUCUCUAUGGCAACUUCUCGAGCAUCAUGUUUGACCACCAGCAUCCCGUCGCGAAGGUUCUCCGCGCAGGCUCUUCGACCGUCUACGACACCUCUGCGGCCAACGCGUGCCCUGACGGCGAGGGCAUCCGCUACUCCGUUUGGGGCCCUACAUGCGAUGGUAUUGACCGCAUCACCGAGACCAUCUCCUUCGAGCAGGAACUCGACGUUGGCGACUGGCUAUACUUUGAGGACAUGGGAGCCUACACCAAGUGCUCCGCGACCAAAUUCAAUGGCUUUUCCAAUGAGCAUGACGUCAUCUACGUCUGCAGCGAGCCAGGCGCCAAGGCCCUGCUUAACAUCUAACUUUCGAUGCAGAUUUCGUUGUCCUUCAAAGUGUCAUUUGAGUCGUUGUGUUGUCGAGCCGAGAUUGGACAAGAAGACGGAAGAUGGAUACGGAUCAAAACGUCAAAAGGCCAAGACAAAGGAAGGAAAAAUCCCCUUCCGAGCCCAGCAGCAGCACGCAUUUCACUAUAGAGAUGCAGUCAUUCAUUUACUUCAGGUCGUUUAGUCUUUAAAUUACAAUUGUAGAAUGUGAACGACAACUUGACCUCGGGCCACUAACUCCAUGUAUUCGUUCCAAACAUGUAUUGCGAAGACACUGCGAGACAACGAGUGUGACUAGACGCAGACAGACAUGAUCAGAAGGGGGAAGUGGGUUAGUUGCGUUUGUAUGCAAUGUAGCCGUCUGUCGAGUUCGGCCCCCCUUGACUCAUGCAAGGCACGGCUUCCCACUCGUGUCACGCCUCUGCAGGCGCGUUUGGCUAGAUGAUGUAAAAGCCCCACAUCGUGAGCAUCUCAAGGUAGAUAGAGCGGAAGAUGGGUAGGUACCAGCUAGCCUUCCCAACAUUAACCUCAAUGAACAACCUCUGCAAUCGUACUUUCUUCCAUUACUGCUCAUCCAUGCUGUCGUUGCCCCCCCCCCCCCCCCUCUAUACGGUGGCCAGCACACGCUACUACCCGCCGUGCCCAGAUGUGUUCCCCUCGAACCCGGGACAGGCAUCGCCGUGGCGGGCAAACGAAACCCUGCGUUUCUUGCUUCCGUCUGUCUAAGCUACGCCAUCAAAUGCCAAAAGUCGUGGGACGCUCAAGAGUUGGUUUUUUAAGAAGCCACCCGCCUUUCGUCAAGUUCCUUUUCCCAGCGCCCCCCCCACCUCCGUCGUAAAAGUAGAGAACCCCGUCAUUCGUUAAAACAUUCGUGCUUCGUCCGCCCACGGCUCACUGUGUCCUUUCCUCUAGUUCGGGUCGUAUCCUGUAUGCUAU